UCUGGCCGCUGCGAGCUUCCGUACGGACUUCCUGUUUGUAUAUGCGGACGUUGAGCGUCCCGUUGCCAUAGCAACCGGUGAGCUCGACACCGGAGGACGCAGAAACAGAAGCUGAUUCAUCAUCUUCAUCUUCAUCAUGUCAUCACCUCGACUCGGCGUCGUCAGAGAAUCCAUGUUGACCAACCCGCUGCACAUCAAGGCUCCUCUGGGUCAGAGUCGGUCCAGAGGUCUGACUGUUCCUGGUCCAGAUUUUACUUUUGGAACCAGCAGCAGCUCACUCAAACAUGGAGGCGUGGCCGAAGUUCUGUCCAGCUGGAAGGUUCCGUCCAGACCGGAGGGUUCUGUCGUGCGUCUGGACUUCGUGUCUCUGAACCGGGACGCCGUCCGGUCUGGUCUGGUCACCUCCAAGGAGAUCAGUCAGUACCGGGCUCAGAGGGGCGGACCCUCCAUACAGAGCCCCGCCCCCAGAUGCUGUGAGGGUGGAGCCUCACGUCAUCCAGCACCGGUACCGGACAUGACGUUUGGAGUCCGAAACAGGCCGUCUUCUCCACUGUCAGAUCUUCUGUCUCAUCAAUACGGACGCAGCUGGUUGGACGAGCAGCUGAGCAGGAACCAGAACAGCACCACACACCAGGUUAAACCAGGAGGAGCUGCAGAAACCAGAACCACUCUGAUGAGGAGGAGCCGAGCUCUACCUGUCACACACUCACCUGUACAACUGUCUCAGUUCACACAGGUGUCUCCAGCUCUGGACACCUUCAGGGACCCUGCUGCUCGUGUUCGGGCCUUCAGGCUCAGCGGUGGAACCGGACGUCCAGCAGAACAUCAGGGGACGGACCGGACGGAACCGAGGACAGGAGAACCUCUGAGCACAAAUAAAGAGUGAAACAAUUUAAA